AUGCUGGCCGAAUUUGAUGAAACGAAACGUGUAAAAAGAUCGUCUUCAGCUGAACCUAGACAAGACAAUGUUUAUGAGGAACGGAUAGAAACGUGGGCGCUUAGCAAGCAGGAGGAAAAUGCGAUCAACGUCAGCGUCAGAGAACGCGGAAUUGAAAGGGUGAUGCUAGGAGUAACCCGCUUUGCGCAAGUGAAAGAAGAGAUUCGAAGUUCACUCCUACGUCACCGAUGGAAAAUAAGAGACGCUAAACAGAGAAGAGAUGCCACUGGGCAACACUUGCAUGCGAUCUGGACAAAUGGAAGUAUUACUGGCGCCCGCUCGAGCAGAUCGAUAAACAAUGGUGGCCCAGACGAUACAGGUAAAGACGUCUCUGCAAUGGCUAAACUAAUGACACAGCUGAGCCUGGCGUUUGAUCUGCAGUUCGGUACAGCAAUCUUCGAAGCAGAUCAUACAUAG